ACAAAAAAUCACAAAAGAUGCCAGUAUUUUUGGCAACGAGGUUUAUGUCGUUUUUUUGUUUCGAAUGUUUAGUGAUUUUUGUACAUAUUUUUUUGACAUCCCAGAAUUUUUGAAUGUGACGGUUAAAAAUGAGUUUUUGCGGCCUGUUUUUGGUGUUUUCAUUUAUACCGCAUCCUUGGGAGGACUGAUACUUGCAGAUGUCUUGACAUUGGGAUAUCUUCUAUCUUCAGGAAUGUAUCACAGAAUCGGGAAAUAUUUAAUUAAUUUGGCUCAACGCAUCACGAUAUCAGAACGUUUUCCAAUGACAAACUACCGACAGAUGGCAGUUUUGUGUGAAUAUUCAGAUGAACUUGAUGAAUGUUCAGAAAUUUUCUGGAAUAUCUAUGGAAUUAGUCAUGAAUUUCAUAAUAUAUUUCAGAUAAAUAAUUUAUUUGUAUUUGUGGCAGAUCUUAUCAUGAUCAUAAGUUAUGUUCAUCAAAGUUUUCUUGUUUAUAUUAACACUGGAAUUAUUUUAUGGGGAAAUGUUAUUUUUGGCAUAAUUCGAAUUAUUGACUUCUUGCUGUUUAUAUGGACUAUUGAGUUAAUAUCACAAAGAUCUCGAAUACCAAAUAACAUUGAUUGGGAGACUUUAUUUUCAGAUAUGGAACCACGAUGGGAUAGGAGUGUUGAUAAGUUUUUAACUCAGUUGCGACUUCAAGAAUUCAAAUUGGAUGUUUAUGGAUUGUUUUCAUUGAAUAAUAGACUGUGUUUGCGAGUAACUUCAAUUAUUGUUGCGUAUUUGACAAUUAUAAUACAAUUUAAGCUAAUGGGUUAUUAAAUUUAAAAACAUAAAAAAGAUGUACGAAUAUUAUUUUAUUUAAA